AGCAUUGCCAGACAAUUGCAAAGCAAAGUCAACCGCUCCGCCCGCCCGGACCAACAAAGAAAUCAACCGUGAACAAAUUGUACAUUUAUUUAUCUUAUCGCAGCGUCUUCUUCUCGUUUGACCACGUCCAGCGCACAAAUCCGUUCACACUCGACGCACACGCUGCUGUAAUUACAUUUGCCGGGAAGACACUGUAAAGCAAUGUUGAAAAUUGCAGCGGAGGGCAUUGCGCCACGACUGGCGGCCUGUUGCCUUAUCAAUAGCAGUGCCCAGAGCAGCUGUCAGAGAUUGGCGCCUCAGGCAGCCAAAGCCACACAAAAGUACCUCUCACAAUCACAGAUGCACUACAAGAAGCUGGUCAUCAAGGAUCACUACGAAUUCGAUCAAAAGGUCAUCAACAGCGAUAAUCCGGUGAUAGUGAAUUUCCAUGCGGAAUGGUGCGAUCCCUGCAAGAUACUCACACCCAAGAUGCUCGAAUUGUUGGAGAAUUCGGAUGAAAUUGAUUUGGCCAUUAUCGAUGUGGAGGCAAAUCUGGAUUUGGUCGAAACGUUCGAGGUGAAGGCCGUGCCGGCUGUUUUGGCCUUUCGCAAUGGCGUCGUUGUGGACAAGUUUAUUGGCCUGGUUGAUGCCAACAGCAUAGAGACGUUGAUUGACAAACUGAAGCGCAAACAACAACAGAAGCAAUAGAUGCGUCAAUUAUUAUAUAGAUAUUAUAUUAUUGUAUUUUUGCGGCCUUAAGAAUUUAAUUGUGUUGCAUGCCCCAAAGGGAGAGAGCUGGAGCAAAAGCAGAUGAUGGGCAGGAUUAGCAAACGUGUUGUACUUUAUACGAGUCCUCACAAAAAUAGAAUAGUAAUUAUGAUUAUACUUGUAAUUAGCCAAAUAAGCAAUGCUCAAUAAAAUUGAACUGCUUCUCUGUUGGCUGAGACAAUUGCUCCCUUUAUCAGUCAGUUGGUCAAUCAGUCAAUCAAUCGCACACUCAAACGGACAA